GUCAUCGACCAACCAAACCCGCCGGGCGGCGUCAGUCCAGUCACCACGCAUCGCGGCGCCUCCGUUCGCCGCGCCAUGGCGGGGUGGAUCUCCUCCAAGCUCAAGGCCGCCGAGACCCUCCUCCAUCAGAUCGACCAGCAGGCGGCGGAGUCCCUCGGCAAGUCCCCCUCCGCCUCCGACCUCGCCGCGCUGCACCCCUCCGCCUCCCCCUCCGCGGACGCCUUCCUCGACGUGACGCCCCCGCGCAGGCCACCGCAAGCCGGCCCGCCUCCCUCCCUCGGCCUCCGCCUCGCCGCGAAGCGCCCCUCCCUGCCUUCCCCCGGGCCCCGCCGCUCCGCGUCCGCGACUGCGGUGCUCGCGGUGCAGGAUCAAGCCGGUGGUGGGCCGCCGGUAGAGGUGGUGGCCGAGGUGAAGCCGGAGGGGGAUCGGGGGGAUGGCGAGGACGGCAGGGGCGGAGCCUCUGAGGGUGGGAGCGGGAGCGGGAGCGAUGAGGAAUCGGAUGGGUCGGGCAGCGACGAUUCGGAGGAUUCGGAGGAGGAGAGGCGGAGGGAGGAGGAGAGGAGGCGGCGGCGGGCUGAGCGGCUUGCGGCCAUGGCUGCACGCGCUAUCGCCGAGCGAGAGGAGGCUGUUGCGAGGCUCGAGGGGGAGAAGGCCGGACUCGAGAAGCUGCUAGCCGAGCGUGAGAAGGAGCAAGCACAGGAGGCUUCGGAGUUGCAGACUAGUAUGAUUGAAACAAUGGAAGCAGUGGAGAUAGAGAAACAGCGACACCACAGCACUAGAAUGGAAGCCCUUGCACGUUUGGCUACACUUGAGGUCACAAACGCGGAGCUUGCAAAAUCGUUUGCCAGGGAACAAUGGAAUCUGGAAGUUCAAGUAGAUCAAGUUGCACAGCUUCGAGAGGAGGUUGAAAUGAAGACACUUGCUCAAGAUAAAUACAAAAGAAAGCUAGCUAAGAUACAAAAGACAAGCACCGCUCCGGUUGAUGAAAUAGAAUCGUUGAGAAGGUUCAAGCUGGAGGAGGAAAUUAUUGAUGCAGAAUACAUUCUGACUUGUGAUAGAAUUGUGAGCUUGAAGGACAAGGCAAGGAAGAUUGAAGAAAACAUUGAGAUGACUAGAAGAGCUAUGGUUCAACCUACAGAGGUAGAAAUCGAACUCAAGAAGAGGCUUGAUCAACUAACUGAUCGGUUGAUUCAGAAACAAAUGCAGGUCGAGUCCCUAUCUUCAGAGAAGGCAGCUCUGUUAAUGAGAAUUGAGGCAGUCUCUAGAUUGCUCGACAGCAGUGCCUCAUCGAUGGCUUCCUCAAGCUCAUCAAGAAUGGACAUCGAAGCCGGUGCAUGGCAAGAAUCACAUUCACCAAAAUUUCGUGACAGGAUUCAGGCUGGACAGCAGCAACUGGGAUCCGCAAUCAGACAGCUUGAUUCAAUCUUCUCGGCUGGGCAUAUUUUCUUGAGGCGGAAUCCAAAGGCCCAAAUUUGGGCCUUCGUGUACCUGGUAUGCCUGCAUUUAUGGGUAUUGUACAUAUUAAAAUCACACCCAACAGUAUCAGAAUCUCACCCUGGUGCUACUUUUUCUUUGGAGACAUUAAACAAGACUAGUAUUUGAUGUUUCCCCCCUGAUACAUUACUCCAGUAUACUCCCUGAUACAUUACUCCAGUCUACUCGAGUUGUGUAAACGAGGCAUAUUCCUGCUCUCCAGCCUAAUCUAGCUGUGUAAUUGUAUCAUAUAUUUUAUUCUCAUUGCCACUUGUCCCCAAUAACAAUCAGAACAUAAUAGAGAGAUACACAGAAUGAUUUCAUAAAUGAAGUUGGAAUUUCAAUUGAA